ACCUCUCUCUCCUCUUCGACUCCAUCGGCAUCGACAUAGUUGAGAAAAAUAGAGCUCGUAGUUUUGUACUUGUUGCUGGCGAAUGCUGUUGACGACUUGUGCUUUCUUUCUCGUGGCUUGUAAAGUUUUCGGAGUUUCCGGUGCGUUGUAAUCUUGUUCGCAGCUGGAAAGCCGGUACGGAGGCUGCUAGAAAAGAAUGGAUUUGCUUCCGAAAGUCUCCUCAACCACUCUUGUCUUGCUGGUAGCAGUCAUGGCCGCGAGCAUACUGGAAACCAACGGAGAUCCUCAAGCUGCGGCAGAGAACAGCUGUGAUCCGAUGUGUACAGGGGGACUGACGUGUGUGAACAGAACCACAUGCCAAUAUGUUAUGGUGCAUACUCCCAACCUGACCACCAUCUUCAUGCAGUAUGUCGUCCAUAAUUUGGAAGCAGAGGUGGAGUACUACGACCAGGUGGCAGACGAGUGGCUUGAAACGCACAACUUCACGGUCCGCCUCAGCGUUGUUCCAAUCCGCAUUCUGAUGCAGGUCGGACACCAGGGCACGUAUUUCCGAUCGCGGGUCAAUAUGUACAUCCCGGAGCGCUACACAAUUUCACUUACCUACACCGGCACCCCACCAACAGGCUACCCUGUGUACACGUGGCCGAUGUUCCCGUUUGUCAGCAUCACUGCAAUCGCAUGCGACACUCACCUAGCGAGGGUAACAGUGGCUUUACCGACGGUUAACCCCACGGCAAAUCUGAGCAUGCAGAUUGGUCGAGUUCAUGGUGGCAGCAAUGCAUUGUCGAUCAUCACGUCCGCCAGCACCGUAACACUAACAGAUGUCCCAGCAGGGGACUUCUACUUACGCGUGCUUAGUCUCACAUCGACAAGCAAUUCCUCGUCUGCAUAUACUCAGAAAGGGAUCUUCCAUAUCUCACCUGGUGGUGGGGCAUGCGGCAAUGGACAAGCAUGCGUUGCCGGAACCUGUAUUGAUUGUCACACCGAGUCGGGAGCACCCGGCGGAGGAUCAUGUAGUCAGUCCUGUGGCGGCGGAACUGUUUGCAUUGGCAACAAUAUGUGUGGAUAUGUUGUCACGUUCAAAUCGAACGACACCAUUGCCAACUUGACGGCGGCAAGACCAGAUUUCUUCUUUCUCAGCUAUGAAUACCUGGUGACUUCGGACCCCCCCUAUUUCGCACACGGCAACGAGACCUUCAUUGCCAGCCAGCCGUUCUGCUAUUUCCAAGCCGUGGUGAACUCGUCGGAGUUCUAUCGCUACACCAUUACAGCACAGUUCAACCGUAGUUCGCGUAUCCAACGUGAGACGCUCGCUGUACUAGAAGUGGGUAAUGAACAGCCAGGUGUUGUCUACCCGAAGUGGGGCACAUACCCAUUCAGCCAGGUCAGCAGACUAGACAGUAGUAACUUGACAGCCACUGUCAUCCGUCUUCCAGACCUCUAUCCAAUGCUCACAGACGAUCUUCAGUUGUUUGAGAUCAGGCUGGUGCAGAACUACUUGUACCAGAGAGAAAUUGUCUUCAAUGUGUCCAGCAACGAUACGAUGCUCACGCUAAACUUGACGGAAGGCGUGUACAGCAUUAGAGUACGCCUAUUGAGUACGACUGUCGUCGUGAACUCGCAGUAUGCUGCCGAGGUGUACUUCUACGUGCCAGCCUACUCAAUGAUUGCACCCACACUUGCACCUAUUUACGGCAAUUCGCAAGGUCAGCAUGAGCCCAAUGUUGCGGAGAGAAGCCGAGCACAUCAUCUAGCCCAUCACAACCGCUUCCCCUGGCUGCUGUUCGUAUGCGUACUGCUCGUGAUCAUACUGGUAUGAAAGGGGAGUACGUGCCCGGCUGGACAUUGUUCGACAAUUUUAUUUAUAGAAUUGACACCCUAGGGUGUGUUGAAUGCGGCUCAGCAGUAACUGAGCUGCAAACCACUGGCACUUGAUAUUAUGACAACUGGAUCCGUGCAUGAAAACAAGUUGCUCAAAAGCUACCAUGCGCUGUGAAAUGUGCACAGAAUCCAUUAUAGUAAUGCACAAGAGUGUGCGCUCGAGCGCGCACGCGCACACACAUGCACAUGCACACACACACACACAUACACACACACACACACACCAACUCUCACACACACACACACACACACACGGACACACACACAAACACACACACACACGCACACACACACACACACACACAUUCACACACACACACACACACACACACACAUUCACAAACACACUCACGUACACAAGCAAACACAUACAUGUACGCACACAGAUGCUCACUUGCUGGUUUGCGUGACUGUCUCCUAAAAAGCAACGAAUACAAAACCCCAGCCCAUACCUGCUGUGACUACUACUUAGAAUGAACUAGAUCUCCCGCAUAUGCUCCUAGCCUUCGCAUUGCACAUGAUCACCUAGUGUCCAGUACUAUACUCCAUGAUGUCACCUAUGAUGUCACCUAUCAUGUGACCUAUGAUGUCACCUAUCAUUGGACCUAUCAUGCCAUCUAGUGUCAUCUAUGAUGUCAUAAUAUAUGGUCGCACUUAUGAUGUCAUGUAUGGUGACACUACGGAUGUCAUGUUUUCUUGUUCUUAUCAGAAAUAGACCUUCUGGCAAUGUUCUGCUCAAUUCAAAAGUAAAGUCAUCUUUGUUUCCGUAUAGCAUUCAUUACAUCAAUAUAAUUAUGUUAUUCCCGUAGCUAUGCAGAAGACGUUACUUCAGUAACGUCUGGCGCUAGCCAGGGUCCACACAGCUUUAAUUUGGU